AUGGAUGAAUAUCUUCAUAUAGAUUCUCAAGUUGGUUCUAGUUUGAUAUCCGAUUUCUCUUCAUUCAUUAGCGAAGUUGUAGAGGGAGAUUUGACAAAUAAAUUUACCACAAAUGAAAUAUUUCGUUCACUGGAGCACUUAAUUGAUUGGGUAAGAGGGAUGGCUUAUGAUUUAGGAUUUGUUGUGGUGAUAGUAAGAUAUGAUAUAGCUACUGGUGUACAGGGAAGAAAAACGUUCGUCAUACUUGGAUGUAAAAGAGGAGGGAAAUAUCGGAAAUACAAAGUUGAUGCGGUGCCUAGUGUAUACGACACUCGUAAAUGUGAGUGUCCGUUUAGAUUAAAGGGUAAACCAUGUUCAGAUGGGGAUGGAUGGGUGUUGAAGGUGAUGUGUGGACAUCACAACCAUGAGUUGGCUGAAACUUUAGUUGGGCACCCUUAUGCUAGCAGGUUAAAUAUGAGUGAGCAGUCAUUACUGGUUGAUAUGACAAAGAGUAAAGUUACAACUGCAAAUACUUUAUUAACCCUCAAACAAAAUAAUGAUCGAAAUGUCACAACGAUUAAACAAAUCUACAACGCAAGGCAAGCGUAUAAACGAUCAUUGAGAGGGUCCAGAACUGGACUACAACAGUUUAUGAUGUUGUUUGACCGGGAUAAGUACAUUCAUUGGAGUAGGUGUGCCUAUUAUUCAGAGGUUGUUACUGCCUUGUUUUGGACACAUCCUGAUGCGAGUAAUUUCACAUGGGCUUUGGAAAAGCUGAAAGGUUUAUUUUUAACAUCUGAGGGUGGUCCUAAAGUCAUUGUCACUGACCGAGACUUGGCUAUGAUGAAUGUCAUUGCAAAUGUAUUCCAUGAGUCAUAUCAGAUGUUAUGUCAGUUCCACAUCCUUAAAAAUGUUAAAGCUAAAUGCAAAAUAUCAGUUCAUUCUACUAAGGCUUGGGAUGUGUUGAUGGAUGCAUGGGAAAAUAUGAUGGAUUGUGCUGAUGAGAGCUUGUUUGUUGAGUAUGUGAAUGGUCUUCAAUAUGCGAGCAAUUCAUGGCCUUUGUUCUUUGAAUAUGUGAAUCAGACUUGGACUAUUCCGGUUGAGUCUUCUCAUUGGAGUCUGAAGAAAGUUUUGGGCAAUAGUAUGGGUGAUUUGUGUUCUUGUUGGGAUAGUAUUCAUAACGUCGUUAUCCUACAACACAACAAGAUUAAGGCUUCAUUUGAAAGAAGUUUGUUGCUCACAAGUGACCCUUUUAAAGGAUACAGAUAUAGAAAACUUAUUAGGCGUGUCUCUCGAUAUGCAUUGGAUCUCAUUGCUGAGGAAUUGGAAAGAGUGCAAUAG